GAAUGCGCCGUCUUCCUCUGCUCGUCCGAUUCCUGCGAAGGGACCCAGGUGAAAGUGCAGAAACCGGGAUCCAUGGAGGCCGAGAUGUUGCCGAAAUUGGUCUCGUGCCCCUCGUGUGGGUGUCCCCUCGGCGAAGACCCUACCGCCAGGAUCCUGGCUGACAAGGCAACGCUCCGCUUUCUGCGAUCUCGAGCGUCACGGUCGGGGUGCACUCUCAUUCGGAUUUUCCCUCUCUCAGGUGGAGUGUCUCAUGAUGACGUGGCAAAAGAGGUAGAACUGGGGACUCGAUACACGUUGGUCGUGUACCCGUUUCAAGACUCUAGAACCCGUCAGGUCUAUCUCGAGGUGAACAACAUACUUCAAAGGGGACCUCACGAUCCAGUUCUCAGUCCCGCAUUCGGAGAGAAAGCUAUGAGAAAUCUGCCCUUGAAGAUGCUUCGUCUCUAUCGAGACCGAAUGGCAUCACCCUUCAGUUUCCCGCUGAGCUUGGCGUGGGUGUUUGGGGAAACCCUGGCACCUCAGGGAACCUUCCACCGACUCCGGCUCGUCCUUCUUCUCGCUCUCGUCUCCACUCGCAUCCAUGAGCGAAGUCUGAGCAUUCUUUGCUGCGGUGGAGAGGCGGGAACGAUCGGGAAGCUGAUGAGAUGGGCCAUGCGUCUUUCUCCGCACUCUAUGGCCCACGUUCACACUAGUUUGAUUCCCCUCACUGGAUUGGCUGUAAGAGAUUCGUGGAAUCCUGAGGAAUUCUCUCUCGAGGCUGGAAGCCUCCUCUUGGCCUCUUGUGGCGUCUGCUUCCUUGGGGAUCUUCUCGGCUAUAAGAAGGAACAACUCACACUCCUUCGACAAUGCAUGGAAAAAGGGAGUGUAACAAUCGGAAUCCCGUGGAAAGCAGCUGGGGUAUAUGAACAGCCUCUGAGAGCUGGGCUUUGGGCUCAAUGCACAUCGUCUACAAAGGGCUCAAGAAAACCGAGCUUUGAGAUCCUGAAAGUUCCCUUCCAAGAGGCGUUUGAUCUAAUAAUCAACGUGGAGGAGGCAGACGAGAGUCAACACCUGCUCAUUUCGCAUCUCCUCGAUGAUUCACAUAUUGAGGCGUAUCUCGGAUUCAAUAAUUUCAUGCAGCUGUUAGAGGUGGCGGGGGGGUUGAGACCGAUGGUGAAUAAGGCUGGAGAAUUCCUCAUUCAGGGUUAUUAUGUCGCCAGCCGAAGAAUGCGGAGUGGCAGUGGAGUCCCUAACCUCCCCCAGUCUGCUAUCCACACCAUAACGAGGAUGGCGGAAAGUCUGGCAGCAUUGUCUCUUAGGGAGGAAGCACGAGAGGAAGAUGCCUGUUUGGCCAUUCUGCUCUAUGAAGAAACCAUAGCCUCAUAUACCCAAUGGAGUCCCCUUUGUGUCACUCCAGUCAGCCAUCUCAUCGGUCAAGACCUUGAUAUUCUUCUCGGAAAAUUGAACGACGACAAGAUGCAGAGUUUUCUCAAAGACUUGGAGACGUUUUUGAGGGACAAUGCUGGAUACACACUCAUAUCUCAAGCCUCUGCAGUUGAAGAAGAAUAA